AAGAAUAUUCAGACCACUCUAUUUAAUAUAAUAAAAGUGAAUGGUGACUGUGAAUCCCCAAAAUGACAAAAAAGCACCAUGAAAGUAUCAUAAAAGUGGUCCAUACGACUUGUGCAUUAUAUUUGAAGUAUUUUGAAGUCACACAGUAGUUUUGUAUGAGAAACAGAUAUAAAUGAAAUCAAAUGUUGACAUGUGUUUGACAUUUGCAGGUUUUAUGGCUGAAUCAUGAAGAAUCAAUCUGUUGAGUCAGAUCUUUUCCAUGAAUCAGCUGAUCCACAUCACAAAACCAGUGUGGAUGAUUCAUUCAUGAAUCAGACUUGAAUUCAGUUCCUGAGUUCAGCUCACUGAAUCAAUGAUCUACUGUCAACGCUUACUUGCUCAGUGACAAUUACAAGUUAAAUUCUGCUCUAUUUGCCACACAAUCCUGCAAACGAGUUGUAUGGACUACUUUAAUGGUUUAUCAGAAAAGCUUCAGUUCCCAUUCACUGUAAAUACUUGGAAAAGUAGAUUAUUAUUAUUCAAAUUUACUCCUUUUGUGCUCCACAAAAGAAAAAAGGCCAGUUUUUAUAUGCUAUAAGGUGAGUGAAUAAUGAAUUUGAACCUUAUCUAUAAUAUGUACUAUAUCAUUGCUAACCCUCUCUAUGAUUUCCUGAUCAAAACAAUCUGAUCUGUCACGUUAACAGAAAGCUAACACUUCUCUUAUUUUGGUUCACACAUAACUAUAGACGUGUCAUGACUUUGCCACUGAUGCAGUUAAGUUGGGCCUUUAACCAAGACAUUGUAGUCGUUGCCAUUGUUACCUCAUUUGUUUUUCCAGCUGCACUCUGACAUUCUCUUCAGUAGUCUCUUUCAUUUUUACCCAAUCAUCAGUGUUAGGCUGCAAGUGCAUGUAGCUUAGCCUAGCCAUCAGCCUAGCUUGACAAGAUAAACUGCUUCUCCAGAAUAACAAUCUAAUCUAAAGCGUCUUCUGGGAGCCGACACAGAUUAAUUGUGGUGGAAUAUUAAGCGCGUACCCAAGCGGCCCAGGCAGAAGGAUACAAUGUCAUGUUAAAGUCACGGUGAAGGGACCAUGUACUGUGCUUCUGCUGACCUGGAUAUGCAGCAGCCAGAGGAAGGCGAAUAUUUCUUGAAGGUGCUGAUUCCAAGCUACGCCGCAGGCUCCAUUAUUGGCAAGGGUGGUCAGACUAUUGUCCAGCUACAGAAAGAGACAGGGGCUACCAUCAAGCUGUCCAAAUCCAAAGACUUCUACCCGGGAACAACAGAGCGUGUCUGCUUGAUCCAAGGCACUGUAGAGGCGCUGAACAGCGUCCAUGACUUCAUCGCAGAGAAGGUGCGGGAGAUGCCGCAGAGCGCUCAGAAAACAGAGCCGGUUAGCAUACUUCAGCCACAGACCACCGUCAACCCUGACCGUGUCAAACAGGCCAAGCUCAUAGUGCCUAACAGCACGGCAGGGCUGAUCAUCGGCAAGGGCGGAGCCACGGUGAAGGCCGUCAUGGAGCAGUCCGGUGCCUGGGUCCAGCUCUCACAGAAACCCGAAGGCAUCAACCUGCAGGAACGUGUUGUCACCAUCAGCGGGGAGCCUGAGCAGAACCGCAAGGCUGUGGAGAUCAUUGUGCAGAAGAUCCAGGAGGACCCACAGAGCAGCAGCUGUCUGAACAUCAGCUACUCCAACAUCUCCGGCCCUGUGGCCAACUCCAACCCCACCGGUUCCCCAUACGCCAACUCGGCGGAGGUGAUGCCAGCUGCUGCGGCAGCGGCGGCGGCCACAGCCUCCAGUCUCCUAGGGCAGGCCAGUCUGGCUGGAGUGGGCGCUUUCCCCACCACCAUGUCCAGCUUCUCAGGAAACGACCUGCUGGCUAUCACAUCCGCGCUGAACACAUUAGCCAGCUAUGGAUACAAUACCAACUCCCUGGGCCUAGGGCUCAACCCUGCAGCUGCCUCAGGAGUCCUCGCUGCUGUGGCCGCAAGCGCCAACCCAGCUGCAGCUGCGGCCGCGAAUCUGCUAGCCUCCUAUGCCAAUGACGCAUCCACCAGCUCCGGCCACCCGGCGACCAGCCUGGGAGGCUUCACGCUAGGAUCGCUCGCCGCCGCCACCGGAGCCACCAACGGCUAUCUGAGCGCUGCUUCCCCGCUGGUGGCAAGCUCCCUGCUGGCCACUGAGAAGCUGAACGAGGGGGCCAAAGAUGUGGUGGAGAUUGCGGUGCCAGAGAACUUGGUGGGUGCCAUUUUGGGGAAGGGAGGCAAAACGCUUGUGGAGUACCAAGAACUGACGGGAGCCCGCAUUCAGAUCUCCAAAAAGGGAGAGUUUGUUCCUGGCACCAGAAACCGCAAAGUUACCAUUACCGGAUCGCCAGCCGCCACACAGGCAGCCCAAUAUCUUAUCAGCCAGCGAAUCACAUACGAGCAGGGUGUGAGGGCCACCAAUCCGCAGAAGGUGGGCUAAAAACAGGGAGUAUGAAAAAAGGAGAGAAAAAGAGUGGGGGAUGGGGAAGAUACAGAGAAAGAUGGAGGGCUCGAAUAUCGACGAAAAUCGGCCACAUUCUUUGCGGGAAAAAUCUCAGUAUUAAAACAAAAAAAAAGAUAGAAAGAAUUCCUCUCAAAGUGGAAAAUUUGAAAAAGAAAAUGUGUAAAAUGUAAAUAUGGGUUUAAUCCUUAAGUUCAGGAUUUUUAUUGGUUGAUUUUGUUUUGCUUUUCUUUUGUUUGUUUUUUUGUGCAUUUUCUGGACAGCAGUGAAUGGCAUUUCAACCUGGCAUGCUGCCACGCUGCAGUUCCGAGCAGAUGGGCAAGGUGGUCGGAUGGGGGACAGUGGGGUGGAGCAAUCCCAGGAAUCGGCCCUUUCCCCACCCCCAUCCCCUCCUAGCUGACAGAUUUUUGUUCUUUAAUUUUGUAGUCCUUAGUUUAACUUCCACCCUUUCGCCCAUGCCUUCUCUUUAAGAGGGCCUGAGACUGAUUAUAUAUCCCCCCAAGUCUGACACCCCAUACCCCAAACCCCAGCCCCCCUCGCCCCAGCCCUCCUGAUCCCAGCCGGCCCGACCCUGCCCUGCACUGGGCAGGAUAGGGCAGGGGAUGCAAGGCUGCUGCAGGGUCUCUCAGCGCCACUAGACAUUGACCUGGGGUUCCAGUUGGACCAGGUGUAUGCCACUACAGAUGUUGUUAGCAUAAGGGAAGCUUGUAGAUCAUGUUGCGGACAUAGGCCAGGACGCAAAACGCACCUGAAUCUUUCGUACCAGAUCUCCUAGAAAAUUGUGGCAUUCGUCUAUGGAUUUCGAGAUCUGGUGUUUAUACAAAUACAAUUAUCAUUAUUAUUAUUAUUACUACUACUAUUAUUAUUACAAAUUAUCAUCACCAUCAACGUUAUUUAUUAAUAUGAUUUCACCCAUAAGGACUGAGGUAUUUCCUUUUGUUUUUCUUAAUCUGUGAAUUCAGGUUGACAUGAAUGUAAAGACAAUAUUUUGGAUUUAGUUUUUUAUUUAAAUAGAUUGAAUCGUGUGUCCAUGUAAUAUAUGUCUUAUUUAACAUCCACUGAUAACUGCACCGUCGGCACCAACAAAGAGAAUAGGGGCAGAUGUACUCUACAGUGAUAUUAAUACAAAACACACACACACACACACACACUCUGCAAACUAUUACCAGAUUUAAAUGCUGAAAAUGCAACUAAACAUACGCAGACUUGAAAUCACAGUGGGACUAGACAAUUUAUUCACAUAUCUACUGAAUGAGAAUGUAGGUCUUUGCACAAGUCCAAGGGAGUGUCAGAAUAUGACUUUAUAUGGAAGCCAAUCCCUUUAUGUAACAUCCCAAAACAUAUCCCCAUCUUUACUCUACGCUGCCCCUCUGCAGCACGAAAGAUUGUGCACUUUGAGCCGCUGCAGUCGAAUAUCUGUGCAAAUCUGCUGGAAAAUUUGCGUAGAUAUUCCAUAUCAAAUCAGAAAUUAGCCCUCAGAGCUCUGAGGCGUUUCAUGAACAACAUACUACUGAAUGACUACGAACAAAUUCUGAUCUGCACAGGCUGCUCAGUAACAUGGAAGUCCCAGGUUGUCUUUUCUAUUACUUUUUUUUUUUAUAUAUAUACGUCCAGAGGCACCAGUAAAUCAAAUUUUAGAAUGGGCUGCCCGUGUGAAGAUCAUCCUGUGCAGAUCUGAAAUACCCAUGUGCGACGUAUGUGCUGCUAAUAAGGUCCUAUUUCCUUUUUGUUUUGAAUCUGAGUACACUGAAUUUCGUCUUAAUGCACUGUGAAGUGUGGAGGCCGUGAUGGAAGGCCAAAAAAAGUCAGGGUUUCUAUAUCGUAAUCGCAUCGAUGCAUCACCAUGAUGGAAUGUACUCAUGUGGAACGUCUCAUAUUUAUAACAACCUACAUGGAGUCAAGGUAUCGCUUACCAUAGGGCGGAAAGGAAGCCUGGAUGGUUUGUUAGGUUGAGGUCAGACUCUUCGGACCAGUUUUUUGGCAUCAUGUUGCAGUAUCCAACCUUAUCUUUCCAAGUGUGCACUAACUACCCGCCAGCUGACCGUGUACAUUUCUCGUGAAGGGGCAGAGGAUGGUAUAUUCUGUACGUUUAAACAACAACAUAUUGAUUCUUUACCAGCUGGAAUGAGCUUAAAAAUACCAAACUGCUCCUUAUUAUCAAGACUUUAGCACAGAGAGCAUUUCCCAAAGAAGAAUUAGACCAACAGAAAAAGACAGAGUUUGUGCUCUCUCUCUCAAUGACUAAAGUAAUGAUUCUUUCCUCUCCUCUGCUAUUGGAGCACCAGGGAGAGUAAAUCUGAACCGAUUGGUAAGGAGGCUUCUUUAUUCUCAUCUAAAAACCAUCACCUCCCCUCACCUCUUCUCAACACCCCUUUUUACCUUCGUGCACCCCCAUUCUGACACAUCAACCCAGAGACCCCCUUUUCUCUCACAUCUCUCCAUGGGUGGCGAUGUCUGGUGUAACAGUGCAUGUCUGCUUGCCCUUUCACGAAACAAUGAUGAACGAAAGGGAAGAUGCGCCUACAGAGUAGAACUAGAAGCUUGCAGUAGAUCACACUUGCGCACAUCACACCUUCGAAAAGGGACUUAAUACGAGCCAUCCAUAUGUUUGUAUGGUGUGCAUGUGUGUGUAAAUGCGUGUAAAGAAUGAUAAGUUUGGAUAAAUAUGAAUGUGUAUAGCAGCUGCACCCAAGGUGAGGAGGUUUGAAACAGCAAUGACUCCAGGUACUCUAUUAUAAGAUAGUUGCACGUUUUUGUUGGGGUGCAAUUUUCAAAAAAUAAUACGUAAUAUUAUGUGGACGAAAUACUUCCAAGGCACUCACGUGGUAGGAUCCAACAGUGUUUACGUGGUUCGGCAAAACAGCCUUCUUCAGCCUUGUCCUGAAGAAGGCUGUUUUGCCGAAACGCACAGAUCUACUUUUAACCAGUUGUAAUGAUUUAAGCCCAGUUUAUUAAAGGCUUUUUAUCCCACCACGUGAGUGCCUUGUAAGUAUUUCGUCCACAUAAUUUGAUGUUUACCUCCAUCACAUCCAAUGAGCACCAGUGGCUAUAUAAAGACACCCGUGUAGCACUCUCUGCUUCUGGUCUAAUAGGACGUAAUAGUUCAGAUUUGAAGAUCAAGACAAGGAAGCGAUGGCAAUCGAGCGCCUCCGCAUUUUAGAGUGCAUCUGUGAGUUCGGUUUUACCCAUGAUGCAGUACUUCAUCAGACACUUCAGAGCUUGAACGAGUCUCGGUAGAUCCCCCAGAUAAUUUUUUUUUCUUGUUUAAAAAACAGUUACAUCACCGUUUGAUUUAAGACACAUUAAAAGCAAGAUAUUACUGUGACAAUUCAAUGUGAAAAACUAUAAAAAAGGUGCCAACAUAGUGUCAAGGAGCAGCUUUCUGUUUUGUUGUUUUUGUAUUCAGUACUGAAACAGAGGGGGGUCUCUGUUUUUUUUUUUUUUUUUUUAGUAACUGGGAAAAUAGAUCAAAUGUGAUGAGUACUGAAAGCAAUAUACGUAGUAGCAUGUUGUCAUGUCUUGUCCUUUUAUUCUGUCUGUGUAGGAGCUUUGGAUUUACCUAGAUGUUGAGUAGAUUUGCAUAUACUAUUUUUUAAGUUGUGAAGAUGCUGCUAUUGAAUAAGUGAUGUACUAAAAUUUAAGAUUAAAAAACAUAUCUGGUCAGUCAUUUAGCAGGAUGUGGUAGUUGUAAGAGGUGUAACUAAAUGCUACAUUGAUAAUGAAAUAAUUGCUAUAUCAGUGAAUUAAAUAAACCUGUGCCAAAAUAGAUCUUUACGGAUUUAAAUGUGAUUUAAACACCAUUAGUUAAGAGCAGACAUACUUUUCUAAUUUAAAAAAAGAAAAAAAUGUGAAAAGUGCCAAACAAGCCACAGUUAAGAUAUAACUAGCGGGGGUAAAGUGACUAGAGAAGCAAAAAAUAGACAUUAGCACUAUAAGGAUGAGAGUUUUCUGCCCCCUUAAACUAACUAGUCCUUGUUAAAAAAGAAGGGUGGGAUUCAUCUCGUAGGCCAAACUAAAACAGGGUGCCAUGUGGCCAUUUACACACAUCCCCUGGGGCUAGAAGACUGCCGAGUUAGCUUAGCAUGGUUAAAGUUUUAUAAGAUAUCAGCAUUCUUAAGUCAGCCUUUUAUAGUUCUGAAAAUGUAUUUUGUGAAGAUAGAUGUUAUCUUUUUUGCACGUCGAUAUUGCAUGAUACCAAGUGAAGCGUGGAUUUAAAAAAAAAAAAGUGAAGACAAUAUCGUACAAAAAAAAAAACAAUUAGGCAAUGUGCAUUCAUUUUGAGGACAAAUCUUUGCAUGGCAACAACAGUUUGAGCUAUUAAAUUAGCUUUUUCACAUUUUUACCUUUUUAUUUUUAGUUUUGCUAAGACAAGCUGGAGUUUUUGUUGUCCAUGAAAACUAGGCCACAGAAACCAAAUCCAUUCAUAGUCAUGGUCAUAUUCAGCUUCAUAACUAUAGCACUCAUUUUGUACAGACUUAUCAAUGUUUUGUGAUAAUUUCUAAGAAAAACAAUGGGAAAAGUUGGGUAAUGGAGGGUUAAUUUAGUGACAUUAACAUGGCUGUGAAUGUAUUCACCACUACAUAAGUUUGCAUAUCACUCUUUCGAUCAUGAUUUUAGGGCUUGUGUUUGCUGUGUCAGUACUAACAUCAUUAGGCUUCUGUUCUUUAGCUUGUUCUGCCAUCACUGCACAUUAAGCUUGGCCCAUUCUCGCGAGAAUAUGCACUUUAUACUUCUCUUACGCUUCAUGCCACCCCAGAUAAGAGCAGCCCUGUUUCCGCUAAACUGCUUGAAUCCUUUACCUCAGACCUCCACGAAUAAAGGAAAGGGGCGGGACUUCCCGAUGACGUCAUAAUGCAAUGAUGUGGCACUACUGUUUGCAUGAGAACGGAUUGGCCAGAUGCUCGGAGCUGACCAAAAACGGCAGAAUAGUUUUUACAGAAAUCGUUAUUUUGACAGUGUUUUGUAUUAUUACUAUUAAUGAUAAUAAGUGCCAAAAAGGGCAUGUCUGAUAUCAUGAAUAUCAUUUUUUUCUCUCGCUCUCAAUUUCAACGUCAAAAUUGCACUGUGCUUAGUCAUGGUUGCUAUGUUUUCAUGCGUAGAGGAGACGGCGCAGUUGUGUUUUUGUGCAGUCGAGAUGAAUGCAAACUUAUGGUUUAGCAGUUGUCGAGAAGGUCAUUGCUUUUAUGUGGGCGCACGGCUAGAGCUCGUCGCUCUUCCCAAACCCCACACGCCCCCCCAGUCCAAACCCCCCACCCCACGCCAUCAGAAGACGACAGUCCGGGGUCACUCUUGAGCUCGUACCCAUUGAAGCACCAGCAAUGUUAGAACACAUUUGUCAUAUCACUGUUCUGUUCUCUUUUUUAUUUUCCUGUUUUUAUUUGUACGACACUCUCUAACCUAGACCAAGUAUAACAAAAAUGUCAUUCAUAUGUAUCCUGUUUACUCUCCCUUUUUCUCCCUUUUGCACUUUCACUGCUCCCCUUUUUUCCAACCACUCCCCACUCUUCUGCCGACCUCCCCCUCACACCCUCCCAGACUUUCUCCUGAGUGCCAAACAAAAACAGUACCAUUCCAAACUUUUUGAGUUCUCUUGUAUGUUGGACAUCCAUUGGACGCACCCAUGAAGCCAGCAUGUUUCUCCAUAACAUGAUGUCAGUCAUGACGCCUCAACAUUACCCAAAAAGCGAGCAGUAAAAGCAAAGACCUGGAUUAACACGGUAAAAACACGGCUGGCUACCUCUCAUAAACUGCUUUUCCUAAUUCUGUCAUCUCUUCAACCUCCAGGACAUCACUGAUUGUGUGCCAUAAUGUUGGGGGGCACUGUCACUCUCCUCACCCCCGAGUCUCUCCAUUUGAUUUUCUCGAUGGAAAACAUUAAGCGCAAGCAAAGAAAAAAAAAUCCAUUUUAAUGGCAGGUUUCUUUUUGUUCCUUUAGCAUAAAAACAUGCUCAAAAAAGCUGAGGAGUGUGUAAACGUCAGCCGUGCAGCCAUCUUCUGUCUUCUGAACUUUGAACUUCUCACCCCUCAUGAACUUUAUUGACCUUCUUCCUCCCCUUCUAUGUUCAUCAACUGUUUGGACUUAAAAUCUCCAUUCCAUCUCCAAACCUUUUUGAGACUGUGCAAUUCUAGUUGAGAUGAUUGGAUUUAUUUCUCUUUUUUUAAGUCAUCAUUGGGGACGAAAAAAUCAGAAUAAUAAAAAAAGACACACAAAAGAAAGAAAAAAAAUCUAUAAGAUCCAAACUGUUUCCUCCACAAUUUCAUUAUUUUCUCUCAUUGUAAAUAUCUGUCAGAUUUGGUUGAACUGUAACCAGAAACGUGUUCAAGGUAAUGGGGCUGGCAGCAUAAAAUCGCUUUUGUGGAGUGCUCCUACGAGCCACCGAUAGGAAGUUAAACUAAACUAAAGAAGCUCCAAGAAAGAAUGAUUGAGACCAUCAGGCGGUCAAAAUCCAGAUCCGGCCCCUCCACAUAAUGCAUAAUCACUACUAACCACCAAUGUAGACUAAGAUUAGUGUAGGUUUCAUACUUGAACUGAUGGUAGUUGCUAAUCUCAUUGUACAUAUCAGACAUGUCGAGUGUAAAUUGUGAUAAUGUGUCGAUUAGGUGUCUUCACCAUUACAGCAUCUGUUCACGAGACGAAAUUGUUUCUCUGUGAUGCCGAACGAUCAUUUUCAUGCGUCUCAACCAUGCUUGAGCUCCACAUCUAAUGUUUCUAUGCUGCCAGCUUUGUUUUCUGAUAACCCUUCAUGAGCUUAUUUAUUUUCAAACUACUAUACACUAUUAAUAAAUGGCAUCAAGAAACUAGACAAAAGGGAAUGACUGGAAAGAUGAAUUACUGUUUUGUUUUUAGUAUUUUAGUGGUUUCUUUUAACAUCAUCCAUUAACUGAAAAAAAAAGUAUUAAAUAUUUAAUGUAACUGUAGCAUUGUGUUUGUACAAAAAAUAGUGAGUUGUGUUUCUUGACUUGUGGAUUACCAGUGAAGUCAGCAAUUUAGUGCUAAUAUCUAUUAAGUCGUUCCUUUUCUUUUUCUCCUUUUCUUUUUUAUUUAAGGGUUAUUAUUUUCCGACAGCAACAGCAGUCAUUAUAAAUGUUCAUUUUACCAUCACCUGUCUUCUGUUGUCUUAUUCUUCACCUCCCACUACACUCAGUUUCAUCAAAUAACACAUUGCAAGUUUGUGCCUGAAAACCAUGUGCUCGGUCUUGGGGGAGGGGCCAUGCUGCGUGAGUGAUGCGAGCGAGUGAAUGAAUAUGACUGCUUGUGAGAGGCUUGGCCGGGCGAGUGUUGUCUUCUGUCCACCUAAAGCUAAAAUCUGUUGGGUUUCCAUUUACCAAUGGAACCUGCUGAUGUUAUAGCUCAAUCCCAUCAUGUAAGCCUAGUUGAUUUUGAUCGUCCAUAACUCCCCCUCCUCCGUUUGCCGACCACUUUCCACCACUACCUUUACCCUCCCCCUUUACGAGCCAUUCCCUUGCCACGCACCUCCCACGCCAUGUGAUGUUCUCCAUCGAUAACAUACUACUCGACCAGACCCACAUUAACUCUGUUCUCAUGCCUGCAGAGGAGGCGGUUUCCAGUCAACCCGCCCUCCACUCAUGAUCCGCCACCAUCCCUUACCGGCUGCCGGGUCCAGGCCCAAAUUAUGAAAUUAUUGAUAAUUUUAAAAAAAGUUUAAAAAUGUAAAAAAAAAAAAAAAAAAAAAAACAGACAAGUGACUCUCAGGGUGUUUACAUAAUCUACCUUACUCUGUGAACUCACAGAACCGCAACCCAGCUCUCCCUCAAGCUUUUUAAGGAGCCCAAAGACAAUUUACCAUGUACGAUCACUUAUCAAGUCUUCUUCUUCAAAAAAAAAAAUAAAAAAUGACAA